CAAAGAUCUGUACAAGGACGUAAUGAUGGAGGAUCACCAGCCCCUCACAUCACCAGUUAAGGAAGAGAGAACAACACCCGAGAGAUGUCCCAGUCCUCUUCUUCCACAGGAUAAUUCAGAAGAAAAUCACUAUGUCCCACAGGAUGGUCAGGUAGAUGGAUAUAAGGUCAUCAUGAUGGAGGAUCACCGGCCCCUCAUAUCAACAGUAAAGGAAGAGAUAACAACACCAGAGAGAUGUCCCAGUCCUCUUCUUCUACAGGAUGGGUCAGAAGAAAAUCAAAAUGUCCCACAGGAUGAUCAGCUUGUGAAUCCGGGUGAAGAUCUGAACAAUAUUAAUCCUACAGAGACAUAUGUGAGGGGUGAUGAGCAGAGUACAGAGGACAUUCCUACAGAUAACCGCCCAGAUGACUAUACCAGGAACGUAGAGAAACAUCUGGUAUCUUCAGAUUUUGAAUUAGAUGAUUGUGGUAUCACACGAGAUACAUUUGAAGAGCAUGCCAAUGUCCAAGAUAUACCCUCGUCCAAUCACAGCAACAAUGCAUCAUUUGAUUCUUUUAAACAGGUCCGAUCUUCUGAUUCAUCACAGACUGUAACACAGAAUAAAAGUCACAGAAGAGGUGCUAAACCUCAAACAGCUCACGUAAGAGGGAAGCGAUUUUUAUGUUCAGAAUGGGGUAAAGGUUUUAAACAUAAAUCAGCUCUUGUUAUACAUCAGAGAAAUCACUCAGGAAAGAAGCCAUUUUCAUGUUCAGAAUGUGAGAAAUGUUUUCACAAUAAAUCAGACCUUGUUAUACAUCAGAGAAAUCACACAGGAGAGAAGCCAUUUUCAUGUUCAGAAUGUGGGAAAUGUUUUCACAAUAAAUCAGUUCUCUAUAAACAUCAGAGAAUUCACACAGGGGAAAAGCCAUUUUCAUGUUCAGAGUGUGGAAAAUGUUUUAACCGUAAAUCAAAUCUUGAUACACAUCAGAGAAUUCACACAGGGGAGAAGCCAUUUUCAUGUUCAGAAUGUGGGACAUUUUUUAAGCAUAAAUCGGCUCUUGUUAGACAUCAGAGAAAUCACACAGGAGAGAGGCCAUUUUCAUGUUCAGAAUGUGGGAAAUGUUUUAACCGUAAAUUAGGUCUUGUUAUGCAUCAGAGAAAUCACACAGGAGAGAAGCCAUUUGCAUGUUCAGAAUGUGGGAAAUGUUUUAACCGUAAAUCAGAUCUUGAUGCACAUCAGAAAAUUCACACAGGGGAGAAGCCAUUUUCAUGUUUAGAAUGUGGAAAAUGUUUUCACAAUAAAUCAGAUAUUGUUAGACAUCAGAGAAUUCACACAGGGGAGAAGCCAUUUUCAUGUUCAGAAUGUGGAAAAUGUUUUAAUCAGAAAUCGGCUCUUGUUGUACAUCAGAGAAAUCACACAGGAGAGAAGCCAUUUUCAUGUUCAGAAUGUGGGAAAUGUUUUAAGAUGAAAUCAGAACUUGUUAUACAUCAGAGAAAUCACACAGGAGAGAAGCCAUUUUCAUGUUCAGAAUGUGGGAAUUUUUUUAAGAUGAAAUCAGAACUUGUUAGACAUUGGAAAAUUCACACAGGGGAGAAGCCAUUUUCAUGUUCAGAAUGUGAUAAGUGUUAUAACCAUAAAUCAUCUCUUCUUAAACAUCAAAAAAUCCACAUAAGAGAGAAGCCAUAUCCAUGUUCAGAAUGUGGUGAAUGUUUUAAGCAUAAAUCACGUCUUGUUAUACAUCAGAGAAAUCACACAGGGGAGAAGCCAUUUUCAUGUUCAGAAUGUGGGAAAUGUUUUAAGCAAAAAUCAGCUCUUGUUGUACAUCAGAGAAAUCACACAGGAGAGAAGCCAUAUCCAUGUUCAGAAUGCGGUGAAUGUUUUAAGCAGAAAUCUGCUCUUGUUGAACAUCAGAGAAUUCACACAGGGGAGAAGCCAUUUUCAUGUUCAGAAUGUGGGAAAUGUUUUAACCGUAAAUCAAAUCUCGUUGUACAUCAGAGAAGUCACACAGGGGAAAAGCCAUUUUCAUGUUCAGUAUGUGGGAAAUGUUUUAACCAUAAUUCAUAUCUUGUUGUACAUCAGAGAAUUCACACAGGGGAAAAGCCAUUUUCAUGUUCAGAAUGUGGGAAAUGUUUCAAGCAGAAAUCAAAUCUUGUUAGACAUCAAAAAACUCACAGAGAGAAGCCAUCUCCAUGCUUGGCCCUUUAGUGACCUCCCUUAUGUGUUUUUAUGGUAGUCAGUGUCGCUAACUGGCUUUAUUCCUUCAGAUACCCCUUGUUACAGCGAGAUAAAACAGAACCUUGCUUUGAGUUACCAGGGGUGGCCGAGGGCUUGCAGUGAUGAUUGGGACCACUGUGAGAGCUCCCCAAACACGUAUUGUCUCCUGUAUUGAAUGCAUGUGUAUAUAUAUAUAUAUAUAUAUAUAUAUAUCCCCUCUAAACCAAAAUGUUUGGUGUGAGGAAAUAAAAAAAUAAACCUGUAGGGCCUGAUAUAAAAAGAUAACUAUCUACCUAUUCCAGCCCCGUCUGUUCUACCUUUUAUAAGUAUUUGUAAAAUUAAUAACAUCAAAUAUGAGCUUGUAAAGAAACCAUCAGCUUUUACUGGGUUUUAUCAGUAAUGUGCAAGUUCUCCCAACAAAUGACCCAGGUGAGGAUUGCCUUAUUACUUAGAAGCCAUUACUCGCCCUCCUAAAGGAAUAUCAUCUUAAUCUGUACCCCCUGACCAAAAUGUACCUGUAGAUAAACCAAACAAGUGGGGACCCUGCCACCCCUGUAUUUGCAGAAGUCAUGUGCUUCACUCAUCUCACAUGAAUUUACCAGUGGGCGAAUUCUUGGUUAUUUUCUUCUUUGUAUGUCCCACCAGCUCUGGAUUGUUUUAGUUUUAUA